AUGGGUCUGACCAAGACGCAGCGCAUUGCCAUCCUCCUGGCCAUCGACAUUGUCUUCUUCUUCACCGAGCUCAUUAUCGGCUAUGUCGUUCACUCUCUCGCCCUGGUGGCCGAUGCCUUCCACAUGCUCAACGACGUCCUUUCGCUUCUUGUCGGCCUGUGGGCGGUGCAGGUCGCAAACCGCAAGUCGAACAGCAAAAUGUACACCUACGGAUGGCAGCGGGCAGAGACGCUUGGUGCGUUGGUGAACGGUGUCUUCUUGGUCGCACUAUGCGUGACCAUCUUCCUCGAGGCAAUCCAGCGCUUUGUCGACAAGCCUGAAGUUUCCCAGCCCAAGCUAAUUCUCAUCGUGGGUUGCUUCGGCCUUGCCUCGAACAUUGCGGGCAUAUUCCUCUUCCACGACCACAGUCAUGGACCUGGUGGUCAUAGCCAUGGUGAAGGCGAGGAGCACAGUCACGAGCAUGAGCACGGGGACGGGGUGCGCCAUGCAGAGGAAGGGCACGCCCAUGCGCAUUUUGCAGAGGAAGGCGGCAAUGUAGCGGACGUGCUUCCGGAACACCAGGUUGCAGGCUGGCCGAAGACGCAGAGAACGGACACGGAAGGCAGCGAGGCUACCGCGGUGAACGCUGAGUCUCCGCGGCAGCCAAAGUUCGCCAAGCACGCUCAUAGCCGGUCACGAUCUCGCGCAUACUCAAGCUUCGACGACAUUCAGGUCAACCCAAGCGCGUUUCGCAAAUCAAUUAUAGAUGCCAGCCGUCUAGGACCUUACGAGUCAGAGGACGACACCGAGCAAGAAAACGAGAAUGCUGUUGGCGACGAUCACGACGACUCGCACGACCACGCAGACCACGCACAUGAGGAAAGCGCUCUGAUUGGCAAUCACUCGAACGGUUACGGAACGUUAUCCAAGCGCAAGUCCAUCGAUCACAAACAACACAUCCACCGCCAGCCGAAGGACGCAAGCAAAGGCCAUGGCCACUCACACGGCGACCUGAACAUGAGAGGCAUCCUCCUGCACGUCAUGGGCGACGCCCUCGGCAACAUCGGCGUCAUUGCCACCGCCCUGAUCAUCUGGCUUACCUCCUUCCCGGGCCGCUUCUACUUCGACCCGGCCAUUUCGCUCGUAAUCACAGUCAUUAUCCUCGCAUCGGCGAUCCCGCUCUGCAAGGCCGCAUCUCGCAUCCUGCUCCAAGCCGUGCCAAUCGGUAUCAACAUCGACGACAUUACAGCCGACAUACAGGACCUACCCGGCAUCCUGAGCUGCCAUCAUCUGCACGUAUGGCAGUUGAGCGACACGAAGCUCGUGGCCAGCUUGCACGUGCAAGUCGAGUUCGACUUCAAAGACGAAGGCUCCGCGCGGUACAUGCACCUCGCCCAGAACAUCCGGGAGUGUUUGCACGAGUACGGCAUCCAUUCGUCUACAAUUCAGCCGGAGUUCUGCCUGGAUCCGGAUCAUGACCACCAGGAGGAGCAUGCGCACUCGCAUGAUGGCGAUGGUGGACACGGAUCGGCGCCGAAGUCGCAAAGUCAUAGCCACGCUGGCAGCGUGCGAGGGGCCGAUGCUUGCCUGUUGGAGUGUGGUGAGGGUUGCGGGACUAAUGGGUCGUGCUGUCCGCCG